GUCUGUACAAAAGUCGUUAUGGUUUACCGUGCACCGUGCUUCGCAUUUUUACGUCUUUUGCCUUGAGAGUGUCUACAUGUUGUGGAUGUAUAUCUCCAGAAACAGUGCCAAAUACGGGAGUGGUCCAGUAUUGCAAGGGGAAUUGUCGAAGUGGGCCAAAAGUGCACGUUUUUUCUUUAACAAAGAAUGAAGAACUGGCCAGGAAAUGGAUCGGAACGAUAAAACGUGAAAAUUUUACGCCAACGAGAAAUAGCAGGGGCAUAAAUUGACAGGCACCAUAUUCUAGAAGGAAACAAAAACAUGGUUUCAUAAUUUUGAAAUGAAGUGUCAAUACGUUCCAGAAAAACAGAUAUUAAUCAGAUGGUGAAGAAAUUUAUGAAGAAAUGUAUGAAAUGUAAAGACACAGAGAAUAUAUUAACAAGAAGUGACUCCGUAAACAAGUGAACAAAAAGAUGAAGAUUCCCAUGGCUUAGAAUAGACAGAAAAAACAGGAUAUAGAUUAAAAAGAAAAAGAUUACUUGUCAAAACUAAGAAAGUCUGUUAGGAGUCAGUGAGUGUAAUGGUGGAAUCACCUCUUCGUCAGUGAAUAAAAGUUUUUAUUUAUCCAGUGCGUAAGUGAAACAAAUAGGUAAAGAUGAAUACACAAGUGAGGAAGAGGAGAAAAGCAGGAGAAGUAGGGAUGAUGAAUCUUCUGCUGCUCAUCUGCUUGUAUUCAGCGUCACAAUUCUCCGGGGCUUCUGCAGAAUUUAACGAAACGGUCAUCAAAGCCGUCCUAAGCAAAGAAGUUCACAUCCCCUGCAAAGCAUACGCUCCGACAGCAGAGAAUAGCGUCCGAUUAAUACUGUGGUAUAAAGAUCACAAUACUAGGCCUAUGUACAGUUUUGACGCCCGUACGCCCAUGGGACGUCACUGGAUCGAGGAGGAAUCCCUGGGAGACCGCGCCCAGUUCAUCUCCGACGUGGAGGAACCCUAUCUCCGCCUGCAGAGCGUCCAGUACAAGGACGAGGGCGUCUACACCUGCAGGGUAGAUUACAGGUUGACGCCCACCGUCAGGACCAAGACUAAGCUGAAAGUCAUCAUUCCCCCUGGGAGAUUAGCAAUCAUCGACGAAAACGGAGUCGAGGCUGAUCAGAAAAUAGGGCCGUAUGACGAAGGCACGACCAUCAAGGUGACAUGUUUGGUCUUCGAAGGCAAACCAGCGCCGCAAGUCAAGUGGUGGAGGAAGUCCCGUCUCUUGGAUGACACUGUGGAGUACGCCAACGCCUCCGUCUUCCAGAACAUCCUGGAAUACGGACCCCUCGGGAGGGACCACCAGGGCGCCUACUUGGUGUGCCAGGCCACCAACACAGAUAAGGUCUCGCCCCAGGCCAAGGGCGUGACUCUCGAUAUCAACUUUAAACCCUCGACUGUCGAAAUAUUGGGGACCCGGGAACCCAUGACUGCUGAAAAGGAACACACGGUCGAGUGUCAGAGUAUAGGUGCCAGACCUGCUGCGGACAUCACCUGGUGGUUGGAUGACAUCGAUCUCACCAAUCAAUCGGUUACGGCGAAGGACAAGGAAGGCAACGUGUCUUCCAGCAUCAUGACGAUCACUCCCAGGGAAGAGGACGCUGGAAAACUACUCACCUGCAAAGCCCAGUCUCCUGUCAUCAAUCAUGAGCCCCUGAACGACACCUGGAAGCUGGAAAUCUACUAUGCUCCGAAGGUCACGUUGGCCCUGGACGCAGAAUUGGACCCAAAUGACAUCAAAGAAGGCGAUAACGUGACCUUUAUCUGCAACGUGACCGCCAAUCCGAAGGUCGACAAGGUCAGCUGGUACCAUAAGGGCACCGCCAUCCACCAUAACGCGACGGCAGGUGUGAAGAUCAGGAACCACAAAUUGAUCCUGAAAAUGGUCGAGAGAGAGCAAGCAGGUGUCUACACGUGCGUCGCCAACAACGGAAUCGGUGACGGGACAAGUCAGCCAAUCUUCCUAAAUAUAAAAUACGUGCCCGUAUGCUCCGACGAGCGUGAUGCGGUCGUGGGCGUCGCCAAAGGCACCGACGUCCAGUUGCAAUGUAUAGUAGAUGCCUCUCCGGGAGACGUCUCCUUCAAGUGGUACUUCCGGAGUCCGAAGGAACUCUUACCGAUAGACGAGGAGAGGUACACGGUGCAGGACCGCACCUCAAAGCUGACCUACCACGUCCGCACGGAGCACGACUACGGCGAGUUCCUGUGCUACGCCGAGAACGAGCUGGGCGAACAGGCCCUUCCCUGCCAGUUCGAUCUCGUACCCGCUGGCAAACCCGACAGCCUGGAGAACUGCACCGUCACCAAUCAGACGUCGGACACGAUCUUCAUCGCGUGUCUGCCCGGCUUCAACGGCGGGUUGGACCAGCAUUUCGUCGUCGUCGUCCAGGCAUACGACGAUAAGGUGCGAGGGGAGAUCUUGAGGAACGCGACAGAGAAGGAGCAGCCCGUUUUCGUCAUUGAGGGGCUCCAGCCCGGGGCAUCGUACCUCCUGGCCAUAUACGCUGAAAAUGUCAAAGGCAGAAGCGACGACAGUAUCCUUCACGGGUUCACGCUGCCCCUAGCGCCUGGCGAACGCACUCUGCCUUCCACCCACAUCUUCCCGAUCACGCCCAUCUUGGGCGUCCUGAUCGGCGUGGUGGGCGCCCUGGUCAUCGUCGCAGUUGUGGUUGUGGUGGUGAUGAAGCUGAGAUCAGACGCCCGCGCCAAGGAGAGUCCCAAAGGGCGCUCUGAGUCCAACCUGAAGGGACCCCACGCCCCUCUGCAGCCAGCCAAAGAUGGAGACGACGGCCCCGACGUAAUACUAUGUAGGACUGACCCGUCAUACGAAGAAGUGGAUGGUAUUCCCUCCAAGUUAAAGCACGCCAAUAUUUACGAGACCGUCCAGUGUGACAGCAAAGAAAACGGGAAAAAUUCCGAGGCUGACGACGUCGAGUAUGCAGAGUUGACCUUCACGAACGGGAAGAACAAGACCAAGAACAAGAAGUCUGGCGUGAACGGCACCAUCCGUACCUCCGAGGAGAACACCAUCUACGCCUCCAUCGACCACACCCGCACGGCACUGCAGAACACGAAACAACAACAGCAACAGCCAAAACAGCAACAACAACAACCUAAACAACAACCAAAACAGCAACAGCAGCAGCAGGAUCACAAUCAGCAACUGCUUAAGGGCAAGCAGGCCAUCGACCACUUAGACACCGCUGCUCAGGGGGAGAACGAACACAUCCCCCUCAUGGACACGGCGCUUGAGAGCAGCGUCUGAGUGCCUCUCUCUCUCUCUCUCUCUCUCUCUCUCUCGUCCUCUCUCUCCC